UGUGAGGAUGUUAGCUAAGAUCUGGCUAUAAGGCUUAGGGGAGAGAGGAGAGGGGGACCGAGCCGCGUGGUUUGGGUCAUUUUUGUGUACCCCCCCCCCUCCAAUAAAUAAUUAGAAAUAUCCGCCUAUGGCUUCACUGACGAGCAGUCGGUGGCAUCUCAAGCAGAGAACAGCCUGAUUGUGAUCAACUCCUGUGCGCAGAGAGAGCACACCUCGAACCGGGACUGCACUGUGACUGACUCUACAGUAAGUUUCCAACGCGAGAAGCGCCCACUGCCCCCUCCCUUCCUGGACACCCCCGGUCCAUUCUCCACGUCAUUUUUCCCUCCUCCCUCGCCGACCGAGGAGCAAGGUUUACGAGGGAUUAAUUCGACCAGCAAGACACACAUUUGAACGCCGGGAAAAAUGUCGUGCAGCGAAGAGGACAGGGAAGACUUUGGACUCGAUGAUGAGAAUUCACUUCUGCACGAUGAGGAUGAGCCGGAAGAUGCUGUGUCUGACGUAGAGGAGGUACCCAAGUCCAAGAAGAAGAAGAAAGCCAAGAAGAGCAGCCGAGAGAGUAGGAGCAGCAAGAGACAAAGACCCGUCCGAGAGGAGUUGCCAGUCAGCUCCCCAGAGAACCUGAUUGGAAUUGAUGUUGGAGAGGGGGAUGCAGAUGAGUUUGGUGUGCGGUCAGAGAGCGAAGGAAGUGAUUAUGCUCCUGGGAAGAAAAAAAAGAAACGCUCAAGCUCCGCCAAAGAUAAGAAGAAAGGAGGCGGGCCCACGGAAAAAGGAGGUUCGAAAAGCAAACGCAAAAACCCGGAACCAGAAGACGACGACGACGAUGAGGAUGAUUGCCAGCCUAAAAGCUCCACGCAGCUGCUGGAAGCCUGGGGCAUGAAAGACAUUGACCAUGUCUUUACUCAGGAAGACUACAACUCCCUCACCAACUACAAGGCCUUUAGCCAGUUUGUCAGGCCUUUAAUUGCAGCAAAGAACCCAAAAAUUGCUGUGUCCAAGAUGAUGACUUUAAUGAUGGCAAAGUGGCGAGAAUUCAGCACAAAUAACCCCCUGAAGGGUUGUGCCACUGCUAAUGUAGCUCUGGCAGCUGCCAACGUGGCUGCAACUGUGGAGAACAUGGUGGUUUCAGGUACUGAUGGGACAGAAAGCAUUCCUGCGGCUCCUCCUGUUUCUACCUCUACUCCUACUGCUCCUGCUGCUCCGGCACCAGCUGCACCCGCAGCCGCACCCGCGCCUCCUCUUCGCAAAGCCAAGACUAAAGAGGGAAAAGGUCCAAAUGCACGGAAGCGGUCCAAGCCUGCGCCCAAACCUCCUCCAAAACAGAAACCCAAAAAAGUGGCUCCUCUGAAAAUCAAGCUAGGAGGCCUGAACAGCAAAAGGAAGCGCUCAUCUAGCGAUGAAGAUGAGCCUGAUAAUGACAGCGACUUCGAUGAUGGGAAUUAUUCGGUGUCAGAUGGCUCAAACCGCAGCAGUCGUCUGAAGAAGAAAGCAAAGAGUGCGAAGAAAAAGAAGAAAGUGGAGACAGAAGAUGGUGAUGGAUACGAGACUGACCACCAGGACUACUGCGAGGUGUGCCAGCAGGGAGGGGAGAUCAUUUUGUGUGACACCUGCCCUAGAGCGUAUCACAUGGUCUGUCUGGACCCGGACAUGGAAAAGGCACCAGAGGGCAAGUGGAGCUGUCCACACUGUGAGAAGGAGGGGAUCCAGUGGGAAGCAAGGGACGAUUUGUCUGAUGCCGAAGGGGAGGAUGAUGAUGACAGGAGGGAUGAAGGGCUGGAGGAGGAAGACGAUCACCACAUCGAGUUUUGCCGUGUGUGUAAGGAUGGGGGAGAGCUGCUCUGCUGUGACACCUGCCCCUCCUCCUACCACAUCCACUGCCUCAAUCCUCCUCUUCCUGAGAUCCCCAACGGAGAAUGGAUCUGCCCCCGCUGCAAGUGUCCACCGAUGAAAGGUAAAGUGCAGAGGGUUAUAACCUGGCGCUGGGGUGACCCCCCGCCCCCCACACCUGUCCCACGGCCUCCUGACCUGCCUGCGGAUGCCCCUGAUCCUCAUCCUCUAAUGGGCCGCAGAGAGAGGGAGUUCUUUGUGAAGUGGUGUAAUAUGUCCUACUGGCACUGCUCCUGGGUGAAGGAGCUGCAGUUGGAGUUGAACUGCCAGGUGAUGUUCCGCAACUACCAGAGGAAGACCGACAUGGAUGAACCGCCCCCUGUGGACUUUGGAGGGGAGGGGGAUGAUGACAAAAGCACCAAAAGGAAGAACAAAGAUCCUCUCUUUGUCCACAUGGAGGAAGAGUUUGGUCGUUUUGGAGUUAAGUUGGAGUGGUUGAUGAUUCACCGUGUCCUUAACCACAGCGUUGAUAAGAAGAACAACGUCCAUUAUCUCAUCAAGUGGAGAGAUCUGCCAUAUGACCAGUCAACCUGGGAAAGUGAAGACAUGGACAUUCCUGAGUAUGAUCCCUACAAACAGACAUACUGGAAUCAUAGAGAGCUGAUGAUGGGCGAAGAGGGCAGACCUGUCAAAAAACUCAAAAAGCAAGUCAAGGUGAAAAAAGCAGAACGUCCUCCAGCAAAUCCAAUUGUGGAUCCGACCAUCAAGUUUGACCGUCAGCCCGAGUAUUUGGACAGUACCGGUGGAACGCUACACCCUUACCAGCUAGAAGGGUUGAAUUGGCUGCGGUUUUCCUGGGCUCAGGCCACAGAUACCAUCCUGGCUGAUGAGAUGGGUUUAGGCAAAACUGUUCAGACGGCCGUUUUCCUCUACUCCUUGUAUAAAGAGGGUCAUUCCAAAGGUCCCUUCCUGGUCAGCGCUCCUCUCUCCACCAUCAUUAACUGGGAAAGAGAGUUUGAAAUGUGGGCACCUGACAUGUAUGUGGUUACCUAUGUGGGUGACAAAGACAGCAGGGCUGUAAUCAGAGAGAACGAGUUCUCCUUUGAAGGAAACGCCAUCAGGGGAGGGAAAAAAGCUUCAAAGAUGAAGAAAGAUUCUCCAGUUAAGUUCCACGUUUUGCUGACAUCCUACGAGUUGAUCACUAUUGACCAGGCUGUGUUGGGCUCCAUUGAAUGGGCUUGUCUAGUUGUGGAUGAGGCUCACAGACUCAAGAACAACCAGUCGAAGUUCUUCCGAUUGUUAAAUAACUACUCACUUCAGCACAAGCUGCUACUGACGGGAACUCCUCUUCAGAACAACCUGGAAGAGCUUUUCCACUUGCUGAACUUCUUGACCCCGGAAAGAUUCAAUAACUUAGAAGGUUUCUUGGAGGAAUUUGCAGACAUUGCUAAAGAAGACCAGAUCAAGAAACUCCACGACAUGCUUGGACCACAUAUGCUCAGGAGGCUAAAGGCCGAUGUAUUCAAACACAUGCCUUCAAAGACGGAGUUGAUUGUUCGAGUGGAGCUUAGCCCCAUGCAGAAAAAAUACUACAAGUUUAUUCUAACACGCAACUUUGAGGCCCUGAACACUCGAGGAGGUGGAAACCAAGUCUCUCUGCUUAACGUCGUCAUGGACCUCAAAAAGUGCUGCAAUCACCCCUACCUCUUUCCAGCAGCUGCCACAGAAGCACCAAAACUCCCAAAUGGCAUGUAUGAAGGCGCUGCUCUAACCAAGGCUUCAGGCAAGCUCAUGCUGCUUCAGAAGAUGAUGAAGAAGCUGAAGGAAGGAGGCCACAGAGUCUUGGUUUUCUCCCAAAUGACCAAAAUGCUCGACUUGCUUGAAGACUUCCUGGAGAAUGAGGGAUACAAAUACGAGAGGAUAGAUGGAGGAGUCACUGGAAACAUGAGACAGGAGGCCAUCGACCGCUUUAACGCUCCUGGUGCUCAGCAGUUUGCCUUCCUCCUGUCAACCAGAGCUGGUGGUUUAGGUAUUAACCUUGCCUCUGCUGACACCGUCAUCAUCUAUGACUCUGACUGGAACCCUCACAAUGACAUCCAAGCAUUCAGCAGAGCUCACCGUAUUGGACAGAACAGGAAAGUGAUGAUUUAUCGUUUUGUUACCAAAGCUUCUGUUGAAGAAAGGAUUACACAGGUGGCAAAGAAGAAGAUGAUGCUCACUCAUCUCGUAGUGAGACCCGGUCUUGGAUCCAAGACAGGAUCCAUGUCAAAGCAGGAACUUGAUGAUAUUCUGAAGUUUGGUACUGAAGAACUUUUCAAGGAUGAGAUUGGAGAUGGGGACAACAAAGAGGACGACAGCAGUGUGAUCCACUACGAUGACCAGGCAAUUUCCCGUUUGCUGGACCGGAACCAGGAUGCCACAGACGACACUGAGAUCCAGAGCAUGAACGAGUACCUCAGCUCCUUCAAGGUGGCUCAGUAUGUGGUCAAAGAUGAGGACGACGAGGAGGAUGAGGUGGAAAGGGAAGUGAUCAAGCAAGAGGAGAGUGUCGAUCCGGACUACUGGGAGAAGCUGCUGCGGCAUCACUAUGAGCAGCAACAGGAAGACCUCGCCCGUAACCUGGGCAAAGGCAAACGAACUCGAAAACCGGUCAACUACAAUGACGGUUCGCAGGAGGACCGAGGUAUUAGACAGGACUGGCAAGAGGACCAGUCGGAUAACCAGUCGGACUACUCUGUGGCCUCAGAGGAGGGUGACGAAGACUUUGAUGAGCGCAGUGAAGCCAACGCCCGCAGACCAAACCGCAAAGGGCUGAGGAACGACAGGGACAAACCUCUGCCUCCACUCCUGGCCAGGGUUGGUGGGAACAUUGAGGUUUUGGGCUUUAAUGCACGGCAGAGGAAGGCGUUCCUGAACGCAGUAAUGCGUUAUGGGAUGCCGCCCCAGGAUGCGUUCACAAACCAGUGGCUGGUCAGGGACCUGCGUGGAAAAUCAGAGAAAGAGUUUAAGGCCUACGUUUCUCUUUUUAUGCGACACCUUUGCGAGCCAGGAGCAGACGGAGCGGAGACUUUUGCGGAUGGCGUUCCUCGAGAGGGUUUGUCAAGGCAACACGUGCUUACUCGUAUCGGUGUGAUGUCACUCAUAAGGAAAAAGGUGCAGGAGUUUGAACACGUGAACGGUCAGUGGUCCAUGCCCUGGAUGGCAGAGCUGGAGGAAAACAAAAGGGCUGCUGCUUUGGCUGCAGGUGAAGACCCGAAAACUCCUUCCAGUGGGACCCCUGCAGACACCCAGCCAAACACACCUAUCCCAGAGGAUUUGUCUAAAUCGGAGGACAAAGACGACGUUAAGAGAGAUGGAGAAGAUUUCAAAGCUCCUAAGAAGGGAGAAGAUCCAGAUAUCAUCGAGAUCCCAGAUGAGUCUGAGAAGUCUCCUGCCCUCGAAAAGAAGGAAGACUUUGCUACCAGCAAGGAAGAGAAGGAGGAAGAGGAUGAAGGAAAGGAGAUGGAAGCAGAAGACAUGAGCUUAAAGAAAGAAGAGAGGUCCGCCACAGAAAAAGACCCUUCUGCUAAGGUUAAGAUUGAAAGUUCAGAAGCAAAAAUGGAUUCAGAAGAGGACAAGUCUAAAGCCGAUGAGGGUAAAGAUGAGAAGAUGGACACUUCUUCCACUGCAGAGGAGAAAAAAGAACAACAAGAGGAGAAGGACGGGGGGAAAGUGGAGGAGCCUGGAAAACUGCAGAACGGAGAGAACACCAAAGACGGAGGAGCAGCUGCACUGAACAUUAGUGAAGAGAAGAAAAAAGCCACAAAGCAGAGAUUCAUGUUCAACAUAGCUGACGGGGGGUUCACAGAGCUUCACUCCCUGUGGCAGAAUGAAGAAAGGGCUGCAACUGUCACCAAGAAGACUUACGAAAUUUGGCACCGUCGCCAUGACUACUGGCUUUUGGCUGGAAUCAUACAACAUGGCUACGCUCGAUGGCAGGAUGUUCAGAAUGAUGUGCGGUUCGCCAUCAUUAACGAGCCCUUCAAAGGAGAGAUGAGCAGAGGGAACUUCCUGGAGAUCAAGAACAAGUUCCUGGCUCGGAGGUUCAAGUUAUUGGAGCAGGCGCUAGUCAUCGAGGAGCAGUUGCGCAGGGCGGCAUACCUGAACAUGACAGAGGACCCGGCCCAUCCCUCCAUGGCCCUCAACACUCGCUUCAGUGAGGUAGAGUGUCUCGCCGAGUCCCAUCAGCACCUCAGCAAGGAGUCCAUGUCUGGAAACAAGCCUGCCAAUGCAGUGCUUCAUAAAGUUCUCAAACAGCUCGAGGAACUGCUCAGUGACAUGAAGGCCGAUGUCACUCGUCUCCCAGCAACCAUCGCCAGGAUACCUCCGGUGGCCGUGAGGCUGCAGAUGUCUGAGAGGAACAUCCUCAGCCGGCUGGCCAGCCGGGGUCCUGAGGUCACAGCUCAGAAUCCGUCACAGACUUCCCAGCAGAUGCAGGUCCCUCGUUGAAAAACCUCUCCUCUGAAAGUAGUUUCUCCCACCUCACCGUCAUGUAGCAGAUGUUCUCCCCUCAACCACCACCAACCACAAAGCUGGGUUAGUCUGUCUCACUCUGCGUCGUCGUCUCCCCCCCCCCCCCCCCCCCCACGCCUGGAAGAGCUUCAGCUGCUUGGCUGGACUUGACCUGUGUGUGAUACUGGGAGUGAACGGAAGCAUAACGUCAUUCUGUGUUGCCUAGUCGAGCGCUUUUCCUUUAUCUGGAAACGGAUUCAAAUGAGCUGCCGGCCAGACUGACAGCAGGGUCAAAUGUGUGUCACAUGUGAAUACUUAGGCAGAGGAUUGACUGGAACAGAAGCAGCACGCGGGGAGUUCACUGAUGCUUUUUAGUAACUUUGGGGUCGUUUUAAGAGUACAGGGGUUUGUAUCAUGCUUUUUUUCCCCCGUAGGAGCUUGUGAAAUGAUCAGUUAGGAGUUCUUUAAGUCUAUUGUUUCACGCCAGAAUGCGUGUGUCGAGAGGAAGCGCUUGUUGAUGUAUUAAACAUGACAUAUUGAUGUGCAUCUCUACUGCAGAACGGCCGCUCACAGAGACUGUUACUGUCCCUUUUGCAUCAGCCCGUCUGUCUGAUCUGUCAUUUCUUCCUGUGUUUGUACUCCAUCCAUCCUGCUAUCAGGUGGCUCCAUCUGGGAUCAGCGCAUUGUGCACCCAAACUACACCUUGACAUUCCUAAUUUGUUUCCUGAAAUCGAAACAGAAUAGGUCCACAGCUUUUAGGUACAUGGGACGAGUUUGAAGAAUUAUAUCUUGAGUUUUUUUUUUUCUCAUUGUCUGUUAUGUUGUUUUACAUUAAUAAUUAUUAUUAUUAUUGUUAUCACUUUGUUGUUUUUAUUGUUGCUGUUUGUUUUUAAGGACUGCAAUAAAAGGUCAACAAGUUCUCAA